AUGGGGCGCUGGAUCGAUUUUCGCAAUGACUACAAAACCCUUUAUCCGUGGUUCAUGGAAAGUGUUUGGUGGGCAUUCAGUGAACUCGUCAAGAAAGGCCUCGUCUACAGAGGAGUCAAGGUGCGAUUGAUACUCAAUCAGGAAAUUGCUUAUGAUCCAACAAAUGGACUGGAAUACGUUGUGUUGGAGGAACGCCUGUUUGAGUUGAAAAAUGAUAACUUAGAGGUUUUAGAAAAGGUCAAAGGUCGCUCUUUCGAGGGAAAAACAUACGAGCCAUUGUUCCCAUAUUUCACAUACAUGAAGGCCGAAAUGAAUGCAUUCCGUGUUCUUUGCAACACGUUUGUCACCACUGAUCAGGGUACUGGUAUUGUGCAUCAAGCUCCAUAUUUUGGAGAGGUUGAUUACCAAAACUGUCUCGAAAAUGGAAUAAUAACAAAGGACAUGAAGAUUAUAUGCCCUGUGGAUGAAAGUGGCCGGUUUACUGACGAAGUGAGCGAUUUCGCAGGGAUGUAUGUGAAAGAUGCUGAUAAACCGAUUUGCAAAAGGUUGAAGGAGAGCGGGAAUCUAAUCAAGCAAGGAGAGGUGAAGCACUCUUAUCCCUUCUGCUGGCGAUCGGACACUCCGCUGUUAUAUAAAGCUGUUCCAUCGUGGUUUAUUCGUGUAGAACAAAUUGUGCCUAAACUUCUCGCUAAUAAUGAACAGACCUACUGGGUUCCAAAUUUUGUAAAGGAGAAACGAUUUGCGAACUGGUUACGUGAUGCGCGAGAUUGGGCUGUAUCUCGUAAUCGUUUCUGGGGAACUCCAAUCAAUUUGUGGGUCAGCGACGAUUUGGAGGAAAUCGUGUGUCCGUCGAGUAUUGCUGAACUUGAGCGGCUCACUGGAACUAAAAUUACUGAUAUCCAUCGAGAGAGUGUCGACCACCUCACUAUCCCUUCCAAGACUGGUCGGGGAGUUCUUAAACGAGUUGAUGUCGACUGA